GGAAAUGGCUCGAUGGAUCAAGCAGUGGUUGUUUUGGUCAAUGAGGCCAUAUUUGCAUACUUUGACCACACGAAACAAACAUUUGUCCUACGUCCAAGUGCAAGCGCAGGGUUCUCUGUCCUGGAGAAGCGUGACAGCACCUUCUGCCUGACAGAGGUCAUAAAGGGAUUCCCUCGCCAAGAGAAAUAUGUGAAGAAGCUUAAAGAGGAGAUAGGAUCAAAGCCCUGUUUCGCACGCCCUUCCAUUCAAGUGUAUACUGAGUUUCCUGAGGAGAAGGGGAAAGCAAACACUUUUUACUGCUAUGCAACUCACUUUUAUCCUGGUGACAUUGAAAUGAACCUUUUUGUAAAUGGCCAGAUCAUGAAGGGAGAGACCUCUGAUUUAACGUACGGAAAAGACUGGACUUUUAUAGUAUACAAGUAUGUAACUAUCACCCCAGAGCCUGGAGAUGAGUAUAUAUGUGAAGUGAAACAUAGCAGUAUGGCAGAACCCAAAGUUAUUAUGUGGAGGCCUGACUUUUCUGAAUAUGUAUCACAUCCUUACUGGGCUUAUGCACUGUCUCUUGGCAUUCUUCUGGGAAUAACUGUAUGUGUCCUUAUUCUAAUAAGAAAACGGCAUUCUCAAAUAUAGUGGUCUUUAAAGAAACAUCACUGCAGUAUCUGUGUACAUUACCUGUGAGAGUUUUUAGGCACUAUAAAAUACUGUGAAUCACAUCUUAAACAUUUGUGAUUAUUUUUAUCUAAUGGAGAAAAAUAUUUUUUUUGUAAUUUGUUUAACUUUUGCCUUUAACCUGGAAUGGAUGUUAAUGUCAGUGUAACUUUCCCUUUAUUUUUCCAUACACAAAUUGUAUUAGUAAAACUAAUUUCAGUGCCAGUGUUACAUUUAAUUUUUUCUUGCAUUACCCAUACUGAACAUAUGGUGGCAGCAAAAUCAUACACAUUUUUACACACACAAUUAACUUGGUAAAUAUUUCUCUUGAUAAUAAAGUCUUGUAAAUAUUUUAGGAAUUUCGUGUGUACCUUUUGCUUUAAAAGUAUAUUAAAAUAUUUUAUAUAAUGUUUAAAAGUGCAGUGCAGUAAACUGGAUCUUCCCUACUGAUAAGACCAGCCUUAACUCCCAGCCUGGCUAUAUGUUUUUAUGUGGAUCAAACAUGUUUUAGUAAUCCUUCACAACGUGGUCAUGAUAUACAGUUAAUCUUGAGCAGGCAACCUUAUU